CAUAGGAUUCGACGACCUUGGACAACCUAGUUGCAAAUAAGACAUUUACAAUGAGAGUCCCUAAAUAGGUUCUAUUAACGUUGGCGCCCUUUAUUUGGGUAAGAAAUUUGAAUAAUACCUUACUCAGAUUCAAAAACUAGGUUCGGAGUUUACUUCGGAGAGACGUUGAGGGAUUUUAGGUUUGAGUUUUGGAAACCUCCGCCAUGGAAAAUGUUGUCCUCGUUGAUUCAGCAGAUGGUAGUGCCCAAAGGAAAAAGCUAGCCGACAUUAGCAACUUACAGCGCCGAUUUAAUCCAACAAAUCAAGAUGCUAAGCCUAAGCGUACUACAAUUACUGCUAAAGAAUAUGUUGAAAAGCUCCACAAGGAAAAUACAGAAUUGGUGAAGCUUCUUGGUGACAGAAAUAAACUUAUUGAGCUGAGCGCAGUAGAAAUACAGAAAUUGAGAAUAAGCAUUCAGAAAGUCCAGCUACAAAAUAUGCAGCUUGCCCAAACAAAUAGCCAAAUGCUGGCGGAGCUUAAUUCAAGUAAAGAUAGGUUGAAAUUACUCCAGCAUGAGCUUCAAUGCAAAAACGGGUUACUCAAAGCCAGAAAAUUUGAGGGAAAGAGAAAGAGGGUAUUAUGUGAGAAUAAUGAUGGUGAUGAGGAUGGGGAAUUCUUGCCAGUGGUACAGGAAAAGAAGCCUAGUAAGGCCAACCAGAGAAAGAAAUCAAGGACCCAAUCUUUGCCCCCUCCUCCUGCUGGUAUAGAAGUUUGUGCAAAAGAUGAGGCUAACAGUAAAAGGCGUUGUUCUAGAAGGCUGUCUGCUAGGUUCAAAUCUAAAGAAUUAGAGGAAACGGAUUACUUUUCUGAGAUAGAAGAUGAUAAAUUUCAAGUAUCUUCCUUACUUGAUCAACCAGUUAUUGAAAGUAGUGAAAUGCUUUCUUCUCAACAUGAUGAUCCAGCUGAAUCAAAUGGUCAGUUGUCAUCUUCUUUGCAUGGUGAUCUAGUUGGUGCAAGUGGUCAAACAUUACAGGGAUCAACAUUAGAAAAAGAUGACAAAAAUACAGCCCUCAAUUCAGCCCAAGGAUUUAGGCGAUCAUCUGUUGGAAGACCGCUACGCCGAGCAGCUACGAAGGUUCAAUCCUACAAAGAGUUACCAAUUACAGUUAAGAUGCGCAGAACUGAGUGAGUAUCUUCUUAUGGUUCUGCAUUUUAAUAGCAGACGUAAAGGAGUUCUGUUUGAUAUUGUAGUGUCUUUUGUACAAGUACCAGCUUCUAAGUAAAUUCUAUUUGGGCCAAUUUCCUUUUACAUCCUCAGUUGCUCAAUCGAUAGAUUCAUAAAAUUGUCCCGAUUAUUUGAUUAUGAUCAUUGUAAUACAUGCCUUUAAUCACAGGUUAAUGGGAAUUCUUUCUCCUUCUAAUA